GCGUGCAAACCAUUUCUGUAGAUUCCCUUACUGAAAGAUGUACAACAUCCUCAGUGAAUGCACAAGAAACAAGGGCUGAUCAUGUAAAGCUCCAUGGCAAUCAACUGUCAUGAACAACAGAACUCUCUAAUAAUAAACCAUGCACACUUAACAAGAAAGAGCCGUUCAGAGACAAAUCAUAUAACAAACAAGUAGAUCACACAGAAGGGAGCAAAACAUAUUUCAGAUGUGGACUGGCAAUUAAAAAGCUGUAUGCUUGAACAAGGAUCCCAAUGCAGUUUUUCAACAAGAUAGGCUACUAUAUAUUGUAAUAACUACCAACAGAUCACGGCAUGACUUUAGCUGCCGUCCGGGUGCAACAAAUUCAGGGAUGAUGGCACUAACCAAAUAACACCAGUGCAUAUAGCUUACUUCAAACAUAAUAUAGAUAGACCAUUUAGGUAUAUGAAUAUAAUAUCUGAACCAAUUUAAUCCCAAUCUGAGUUAGUUUCAGCACCUAAUAAUGGAUUUUCGACCCAAAGGGCAUGCAACACAUUACUUGUGGUUCACUGUUCUGCUGCAGUCUUUGUCAUUUUAAACUUGGGACCGAAGAUAGUGUGAACAUAUACUACCUUAUUCUCAAAAAGUAUCCAGGGCAAUAUAUGGAAUGAGGACUGUUUUUCAGGGCUCAACUGCUCAAGUUCAAGUGCAUACAGACAAGUGAAACUUUCCAGUGCCUCCGUCUAGUGUGUCCAGCCAUCAACAUGACAUUAAUUUUCUACCACCGGGUGGUAUGAAGGGCAACAAAAGGGUAGAGCAACACAAAAAAAGUACAACAUUAGCUACGGGAUAUUAAACAAUUGUUCUCAUAUAUUACUAGUUAAUAGCACGGAAGAAGACUGAUGGCAUGGUCAUGUCAUCAGAUCAUCAUCGCAUAUAGCGCAGCUGGACUAAUGAAUCAACACCAUCUGACGGAUAAAAAUUGUAGUAGGGAGCGAUGGAACUAAACAUAGUAGAACAUUCCAUAUUAUGGUUCAUGAUUACUGGCACUUACCGGUUCAUCCUAACUUAUUAGGACACAGAUACUCCAUGAGACAUGGCACACACUGGCCCUCCAAACAAAUUAGACAGGACACUAACCAACAACUUCUCCAGUACUGAUAGAUACAGAUUGAUAAGGGACAAACAUCAUUGGCAGCAGUGGAGAGUGGAGACCUCAGUUUAAAGGCUGGGCAACGUCAGUCUUGCAACCAGCAUCGUCAUACUCCUUAAGCAGGCCUCAUCAAUUGCUUGCUGAAAUUGGUCUGUCGGGCCGGCGGCGGCUGCAGGGACGAUGACGAGCUCAUUCUUCUCCAACUUCUCCCGAACAGAGGCCUGGAACUCGAAGAACUCGUCCUGCGAGGCCUGCAGCCACUCGAUCUCCUCCUGCAAGCGCUCCAGCAACUUGGGGUCGCGGGUCCUGUAGUCGGCGAGACUAGGGACGGGGUCGGCCUCCCUCGUCAGCGCCAGCAGCCAGCGGAGGUAAUCCUCCGGCAUCUCCACCAACUCCUCCGCCGAUGCCUCCUCGCUGCCGCCGCCGGCAGCAGCCCCCGCCGCAGCAUCGGGGUCGGCAGCAGCAGCUGGCGCUCCUCUGCCGGCGCACUCCCGCGGCCGGCGGCGCUGGAAUUCUUCACGAGGUCCUCCUUGCCGGCCAUCGCUGCUGGGGCUGAUCCCAUCCGCUGCGCUAGAAGAGGGAUUGCGACGGCAGGCGCGGUCCGAUUUUUUUUUUUUGGUGGAGGCGAGGUCCGAUUCAGGUGAGCGGGGUUUUUUUUACAUUUUUAUCACUAUAACAAAGGUCACUCGCUCAGCUUUUAUAUAUUUAGCACUAUUGUAGCUGCAGCUUUUACAUUUUUACUAUUUUAGCUAAUGUGGCACUCCAUGACAACCUGACAUGGUGGCGCUGAGUCAGCAAGCUCAUGCGAAAUGUCCUUGCUGCCUCUCGUCUCCUUCUCUUCUCCCUUUCCGACAGCCGGGUCCCACAGCUUCUCCCACUGCCAGGUGGGUCCCCGUCAUCAGCAUCAUCCUCCACCUCCGGUGCCUGCCCUAUUUGUAUGUUGUACUACUAGAUUGCAGUAGUUGCAGCCUGAAUUGCAAUGGAUGUAGUGCAGAUUCAUUUCGUUCAGACUAAUUGUAUGUUAACUCCUAUGAACAGAAUGAUUUGAUCAUAUGUUAACUCUGAAUCGUUGCUAGAAAUGAGCAGAAUGAUGUUCAACAUCCUAGAUACAUCCUACAUAGAUCACUAAGAUGUGUUCAAAAAAAAAACCCGUGAUCAGAAAAGGUUCAGGUUUCAGUUGAAGUUUAAGUUAAGUUUUAGGUUCAGUGGUUCAGCUAAGUUUCUUAGUGAUCAAGUUCAGUCUAGUGAUCUUUUUCCUAAACUGAAUGUGUCUAAUGAUUAUAUUUAUAAACUGAAUCUGUCUGAACUGAAUGAGACUGAAGUUGAGCCAUGUCGUCUACAUCUGAAGCAUCAGAAGAUGGUGAUAAAGGCAUACUUGUAGAUGACCAAAUAUUCAUCCCAGGGAACACAUACAAGAUAUGGCUGGCCGAUGCAACAAGCGUUGUAUCCAAAAGGCCUCGAGUAAAAACUCUCGGAAGAAGAAAGUUUGCAUUGGGAGAGCGGAGAGGCAGCAUGUGGAGGCUGAAGGUGGCCGAGGGCGGCGGCCCGUGGCUGAGAUCCACGAACAACUUCGUCGGGCGCUCGUUUUGGGAGUUCGACCCUGACCUCGGCACGCCGGAGGAGCGCGCCGAGGUGGAGAGGGUGCGUCGGGAGUUCACGGAGCGCCGUUUCGACCGGAGGGAGCCUGCUGACCUCCUCGUGCGCAUGCAGCACGCCAAGGAAAACCAGGUUCACCGACGACGCCAUCUGCCGCCCCAAGCCAAGCUCGAAGAAGAUGUGGUGAUGACCGAAGGCAUUGUGGUCGACUCCUUGAGGCGAGCGCUGGAUCAGUUCUCUUCCGUGCAAGCGAGAGACGGCCAUUGGCCUGGCGGUUACAGCGGGGUCAUGUUCAUUUUGCCUGGCAUGAUAUUUGCUAUGCAUGUCACUGGAUCACUCAAUGCUGUUGUGUCGGGGGAACAUCGCCGUGAGAUACUCCGCUUCAUCUACAACCAUCAGAACGAAGACGGUGGAUGGGGCACGGAUGUCCGGUGCUCAAGCACCAUGUUUGGAACAUGCACAAACUACGUCACCUUGAGGCUGCUUGGCGAGGAGCCAAAUGAUGACAAGUUGGCUAAAGGGCGUGAUUGGAUUUUGUCCCGUGGUGGUGCAACUUUAAUACCCGAAUGGGGGAAAAUAUGGCUGUCGGUGCUUGGUGUGUAUGAUUGGUCUGGAAACAACCCAAUUUUCCCGGAACUAUGGGUCGCUCCAAAGUUUCUUCCAUUUCAUCCAGGGAGACUCUGGUGCUUGUGCCGUAUGCUUUAUCAGCCAGUAGCUGUUCUUUACGGCAAGAGGUUUGUUGGACAACUUACACCAACUAUACUAGCGCUAAGAGAAGAGAUCUAUAACACUGCGUACGACAAGAUUGACUGGAACGAAGCUCGCAGUGCCUGUGCAAAGGAGGACGUCCUCUGUCCACGCGGAAUGUUGCAGAAUGUGAUCUGGACUUCACUAUCCAAGGGUGUGGAGCCACUGUUGAGUAGUUGGCCUGUCAACAAGCUGAGGGAGAGAGCUCUGAGCAAUCUCAUGGAGCAUAUCCAUUACGAAGAUGAGAACACAAACUAUAUCUGUGUAGAUGCUGUAAGCAAGCCUCUAAACAUGGUCUGCUGCUGGGUAGAAGAUCCGAAUUCUGAUGCUUUCAAGCGUCACCUUGCGAGGAUACCUGACUUCUUGUGGCUCGAAGAAGAUGGCAUGACAUCACUGGUAUAUGAUGGCUGUAACAGCUGGGAAACUUCAUUCAUAAUUCAAGCAUUUUGCGCUACUGAUCUUGUAAAUGAGUAUGGUGCAACUGUCCAAAGAGCCCAUGACUUCUUGAAACAUUCCCAGCUUAUGUGGAAUCAUCCUGGUGACCUAAGUUACUGGCAUCGUCAUAUAACAAAGGGUUCAUGGGCUCAUUCAACUGCAGACAAUGGAUGGGGUGUAUCUGAUAAUACCGGAGAAGCACUCAAGGCUACACUCUUACUAUCAAUGAUGAAGAGCAGCAUUGUUGGUGAUCCAAUACAGAGAGAUAGGUUGCAUGAUGCUGUUGAUUUCCUUCUAUCAAUUAUGAACAAAGAUGGUUCCUUUUCAACGUACGAAUGUGAAAGAACUUAUUCCUGGUUAGAGGUUCUCAGCCCUUGUCAGAAUUUUCCAAAUGUGAUGGUCGAUUAUCCAUCUCUAGAAUGCACUUCCUCGGCGAUUCAAGGCCUGGCACUUUUCACCAAAUUAUAUCCUUAUUACCGUAAAAAAGAGAUCGAUGAUUGUAUUUCAGGAGCAGCAAAAUUUAUGGAGGGUAAACAACGAGAAGACGGUUCAUGGUUAGGUACUUGGGCUGUAUGUUUCACCUAUGCCGCGUUCUUUUCAGUUAAAGGAUUAGUUGAUGCAGGAAAAACAUAUGAGAAUAGCUCUUCCAUCAGGAAUGCAUGCCACUUCCUAUUGUCAAAGCAGCUCAUUACUGGUGGAUGGGGAGAAAGCCAUGUUUCUAUGAGAACUGAGGUUUAUGAAAAUAUCAAAGGCAAUCGUGCUCAUGGAGUGAACACUGCAUGGGCUAUGCUGGCUUUACUCUAUGCUGGACAGAUGGAGAGAGAUCCGACACCACUACAUCGUGCUGCAAAAGAACUAAUCAAUAUGCAGUUGGAAACAGGAGAGUUUCCCCAACAAGAACAUGUUGGAAGCUACAACUGUGCUAUUAUCUUCAAUUACCCCAACUACCGCAACGCAUUCCCUAUUUGGGCUCUUGGAGAAUAUCGCUGUCGUCUUCGUGCUAUGAAUGAGAAAUGAGUCCAAGCAUAUAACAUGGUGACAAACAAGUGCGUAUGGCUAUGCUAGAGGAUAUUAUAUACCCAGCCCAUCAUACAAACAUUGUCAUAAAUAAAAUCCGCACGGUUCUAUAUAUGUAUAGGAUCUGCAGGAGUAUCAGUGCAUCACAUAUACUACUAAAUAAAUGUGAAGAUGUAAAGCUAAGGUUGCUUGAUGUUGUAUGUUUCUAACCCACUUCUUUCGAGAACACAAAAAGCAGGAUUAUAUAAACAAUGCUAUAAUAGCAUUAUUUGAUGAUUAAAAUAUUGUAUGAUUGUAAAGUUCUCAUUGGCAAGGUGAUGUGUGGAUUCUUAUGUAAUCGGGGGUCUAGCUAUCAGUUAGGUUCAUUCAUCCCUUGCUGCAGCUUGAAUGGAAGAGUUUGACAUGUGUCCGUGUAAAGGAAAUUUUACUGUAUUUUUUGUUGAUCUUUUGUGACAAGUGAAGGAAGUUUUACUGUA